AUGGAUCUCGAGAUGGAUUUGAAAUCUUUGGAUACAGUCUAUGGAACAUUAAUGUUUCUUAGACCAGCUUUUCAGGAAUUGCUACCACCUUAUGUCCGAAAAUUUAUUCGAGAUAUAUUCUACUGGCUUUUACCAUAUAUCCGCAAGGAAAAGUUCACAAUUGAUAUUGAUGGUGGUUGUUAUGGUACUGAUGGCUUCUCUGACGUCCAGACAUACCUUAGUUCCAAGUGUUUUGAUUCCAUUAAUCAUAUGAAAACAACUACUAUUGGAAAACCGAAUAAAACCAAUUACACGAUCGCUCCCGAUGGUAUCGUUACUGAUACUUACAAAGAUAUUGCAUUCACGUGGAUUCUGAAAGAGGAGAAAUCAGAUGAAACUUCGUACUACGUGACGAAAAUAAAAAUAUAUUUUCAGCUUUGUGCCCAACAAAAGUAUAAGACAUUUAUGCAUGAAAGCUAUUUACCUUACAUAAAGAAACAAGUCAAGAGAGUUCAGUUUGAGAAUCGAGGGAAAUACAUUUAUACCAAUCGCAGUGAGAGUGAUGAAUCUUGGACACGAGUUUCACGUUUUAAACAUCCUUCGAAGUUUGGUGCUAUCGCGAUUGAUCCAGUUCUUAAACAAGAGCUUAAAAGUGACUUGGACAAAUUUGUGGGCAGAAAAAAGUAUUACACUAGAGUUGGAAGGUCUUGGAAAAGAGGGUAUCUUCUUUAUGGUCCACCAGGAACAGGAAAAACAAGUUUGAUUGAUGCCGUUGCUAAUUACCUCAAAUUCGAUAUCUAUGAUAUGGAAUUAACAGCAGUUAAAACCAAUAGUCAUCUGAGAAAUCUCUUGAUUGCAACUAAAAGUAAAUCAGUGAUUGUGAUUGAAGAUAUUGAUUGUUCGCAAGAUUUUUCAAGUCGUGAAAAGGAGAAUACAAAUGACGAUGAUAAUGAUAAGGGAAGAAGUUCUAGAGCUGAUAAAGAAAAGAAAAAGAAAGUUUUGGCUAAGAAUUAUUUGCAAAUCCAAAAACAUGAGAUUAUGAAUGAAGUUAAAGAAUUGUUGAAGUUCGUUAGAAUCACGCCAGCUGAUGUUGCAGAGUUUCUUAUGAGUUGUGAUGAUGACGCAGACAUUGGUUUAGGAAAUUUGGUUAAAGAAUUGAAGAGGAGAUUGGAGUUGAUGAACAAAGAAGAUACCAUUGACCAAAAUAAAAAAGAAGCAGCCACUAUACAAGAAAAAGAAGAAGUUCAUUCUGAAAAUAUGAAUUUGAAGGGGUGUAAUGAUGCUAAAGAAUGUUAG